AUAAAGAGCUAUAAGUAUAGGGGAGUCAAUGGCUCUCUCUUCAUCUCUCUCUGCCUUGUAUUAACUUUAAGUAUUUUGUUGGGCAAACUACGACAGAUUAAUCAAACAAUUCUCCAAAUCGUGAUUCAGCAGCACCAAUCCGUGCCUGGACAGUGGAGCUGAAACUGUUGAGGUUGAGAGUACCCUUGUGGUCCAUCAACACCAUAUAUUGUUCUCAAAUUCUCAGCACACACAAGUAAUUGGUUCAUUAUAGCCUAUCAGCUGCUAUUUCAAGCCAGAGAGGAAAUCUGAAGAGUUGUAAUUGUUUAAUUUGUGUACAUUAAUCAAGUUAAGAAAAGGUCCUCUCAUGUGGAAGCUGAAGGUAGCAGAUGGUGGGAAAGACCCAUACAUAUUCAGCACCAACAACUUCGUUGGGAGACAGACUUGGGAGUAUGAUCCUGAUGCAGGGACUCCAGAGGAACGAGCUCAGGUUGAAGAAGCUCGUCAGGAUUUCUAUAACAACCGCUACAAGGUGAAACCAUGUGGUGACCUGCUUUGGCGGUUUCAGGUCCUGAGGGAAAAUAACUUCAAGCAAACAAUACCGAGUGUGAAGAUAGAAGAUGGAGAGGAGAUAACAUAUGAAAAAGCAACAACCACUCUGAAAAGGGCGGCACAUCACCUAGCAGCAUUGCAGACUAGUGAUGGACAUUGGCCUGCUCAAAUUGCAGGUCCUCUGUUUUUCCAACCUCCAUUGGUCUUUUGUAUGUACAUAACAGGACAUCUUAAUUCAGUAUUUCCAGAAGAGUAUCGCAAAGAGAUUCUUCGUUACAUAUACGUUCACCAGAAUGAAGAUGGAGGGUGGGGACUACAUAUAGAGGGUCAUAGCACCAUGUUUUGUACUGCACUCAACUACAUAUGCAUGCGAAUGCUUGGAGAAGGGCCUGAUGGAGGUCAAGACAAUGCUUGUGCUAGAGCAAGAAAAUGGAUUCUUGAUCAUGGUGGUGUAACACACAUACCUUCUUGGGGGAAGACAUGGCUUUCGAUACUUGGUAUAUUUGAUUGGAAGGGAAGCAACCCUAUGCCCCCUGAGUUUUGGAUCCUUCCUUCAUUUCUUCCUAUGCAUCCAGCUAAAAUGUGGUGUUAUUGCCGGCUGGUAUACAUGCCUAUGUCUUACUUGUAUGGGAAGAGGUUUGUGGGUCCAAUAACACCACUCAUCUUACAAUUGAGAGAAGAACUAUUUACUCAACCUUAUGAGAAAGUUAAUUGGAAGAAAGCUCGUCACCAAUGUGCAAAGGAAGAUAUUUACUAUCCCCAUCCUUUGAUACAAGACUUGAUGUGGGAUAGUUUAUACCUAUUCACUGAACCACUUCUGACUCGUUGGCCUUUCAACAAGCUGGUCAGAGAAAAAGCGCUUGAAGUAACAAUGAAACAUAUCCACUACGAAGAUGAGAAUAGUCGAUACAUAACCAUCGGGUGCGUGGAAAAGGUUUUAUGCAUGCUUGCUUGUUGGGUGGAAGAUCCGAACGGAGAUGCUUUCAAGAAGCAUCUUGCUAGGGUCCCAGAUUACUUAUGGGUUUCAGAAGAUGGAAUGUGCAUGCAGAGUUUUGGUAGCCAAGAAUGGGAUGCUGGUUUUGCAGUUCAAGCUUUGCUUGCCACUAACCUAGUUGACGAACUUGGUCCCACACUUGCCAAAGGACAUGAUUUCAUCAAGAAAUCUCAGGUUAGGGACAACCCUUCAGGAGAUUUUAAGAAUAUGCAUCGCCAUAUUUCCAAAGGGUCAUGGACCUUUUCUGAUCAAGACCAUGGAUGGCAAGUUUCUGAUUGCACUGCAGAAGGUUUGAAGUGUUGUCUACUUCUAUCAAUGUUGCCUCCAGAUAUUGUGGGGGAAAAGAUGGAACCUGAAUGUUUAUUUGAUUCUGUCAAUCUCCUGUUAUCAUUCAGGCAAAGUAAAAAGGGUGGUUUGGCAGCAUGGGAGCCAGCAGGAGCUCAAGAAUGGUUGGAACUACUCAACCCCACCGAAUUUUUCGCGGAUAUUGUAGUUGAGCAUGAAUAUGUUGAGUGCACUGGAUCUGCAAUUGGAGCCUUAGUUUUGUUCAAGAAGCUAUAUCCAGGGCAUAGAAAGAAAGAAAUUGAGAAUUUCAUUUCCGAAGCGGUUCGAUUCCUAGAAGAUACACAAACGGCCGAUGGUUCUUGGUAUGGAAACUGGGGAGUUUGCUUCACUUACGGUUCUUGGUUCGCGCUUGGUGGUCUUGCAGCAGCUGGCAAGACUUAUGCCAAUUGUGCUGCCAUUCGCAAAGCUGUUAAAUUUCUACUCACUACACAAAGAGGUGAUGGCGGGUGGGGAGAGAGCUAUUUGUCUAGCCCAAAAAAGAUAUAUGUACCAUUUGAAGGAAACCGAUCAAAUGUUGUACAUACAGCAUGGGCUCUUAUGGGUUUAAUUCAUUCUGGCCAGGCUGAGAGAGACCCUACUCCACUUCAUCGUGCUGCAAAAUUGCUCAUCAAUUCUCAGCUUGAAGAGGGUGAUUGGCCCCAACAGGAAAUCACUGGAGUAUUCAUGAAAAAUUGUAUGCUGCAUUAUCCAAUGUACAGAGAUAUUUAUCCCAUGUGGGCUCUAGCUGAAUAUCGUAGACGGGUUCCAUUGCCUUCCACUGCAGUUUAACUUGUAAAGGUGUGAGCACAAAAAGACACUGCCACAUCAGUAGAUCAGACAAAUAAAGUCAAACAAGUUCUGCAAUUUACUCUUAUUACAAUAUGUAUUUAUUUCCUUCAUGUAAUUUUCAUGUUGGCUUAUGUAUGUAUAGAUUUUGAACGUUAUGCUUUCUAAAAAGGAUGUCCAACUCCAAAUGGAAUGAGAGUACAAAGUUCAAAUGUGAGAAA